GCAGAGGACGGAUUCAGCUCACAGUGUCCACGGAUUAUUAACACAGCAACACAGCAGAUCAGAGGAACUGCAAUAUUACAACAACACACCUUUAUACCGCACCACUUCCAAGCCAUGGCUGAUCACAUGAUGAUGCCUAUGAGUCAUGGGUUUCGCAUGGGCAUGAACAACCACCCUCAGCAUGUGGCCCAGCCAGGCAUGCGUACCCUCCCCAACGGGCAGCUCAUGCACUACAGCAGGGGGCCACAAAGUUCCAUGGAGGCGGCCAUGAGACAGAGGCCCGGGAUGGCCCCUAUGAUGAAUGGGCAAAUGGGAAACGGUCACCACCACCAGAUGCAAACUAAUAACAUGAUGUAUGCCGGACCAAACCAGCAGCAUGGCCCACAGCACCCUCAAAUGCAACAUCAUAUGCAUCCGCAGACCCAGCAGCAGCACCAGCAGCAGCAGCACCAGCAGCAGCACCAGCAGCAGCACCAGCAGCAGUAUAUGAGUGGUGGUGGUCUAACCACGUCACAGCAGCUUAUGGCCAGCAUGCACCUUCAGAAACUGAACACCCAGUACCACGGACUUCCUAUCGGCCCUGGCAAUGGACACCACAUGGGGAAUGGCGCCCAAUACAGAAUGGCUCCAUCACAGUUAACAGCCAUGCAGAUGGGAGUGGGUGGCCCAGCGUUUGGCCUAAAUGUCAUGGACACAGACUUGAUCGACGAGGAGGUCCUGACAUCUCUCGUGCUUGAACUGGGAUUGGACAGGGUGCAAGAGCUGCCCGAGCUCUCGCUGGCGCAAAACGAGUUUGACUUCUUCUCAGACUUUGUGUGCAAACAACAGCCCAGCACAGUCAGCUGUUGAGCAGGAGAUUAGAAGUGGUUUUACUUCAUAUCUAUACCAGUCAAAGAAGACUUGACUUGUUGGUUGCUUGCAUAAGUCAAAGGAUAUCAUGAGGAGCCAGUUUUUCUGGUCCAAGGUGAUGUUGUCUGUAAAGUUAUGCUAUAUAUACUGUAGUACAUGUUAGCCUGAACUGUUGGUUGACAACUAGGAGGAAAGAAGAGCGAUUUCUCUUUUGAUAAUCCCUGCUCUUUUGACAGCUGAGCUCUGUGAUUGACCCUUUUUUUGUAAGCGUGGCUUUGUGAGGUAGCAGGCCACUUUUUCUAUUGGUCCCCCGGGUUGAUGUAGCUCAGUCAUGCCAGGGUUGAAUGUAAUCUGCCCUGACUAGAACAAUGCAUAAUCUGCCUUGCCUCUCAGGAGCACCCACAAUCACUGGCUUUUACACAUAUUUAUGAUACCUAUCUAGAAAAAUGAACUUUCGGUCAGCUUACAUGACAAAGAUAAAGGCGGGUGACAAGUUAAGGGAAAAACCAACCAGCAGGUCUUAGAUAUGUGGCUAUCACAAGCUACUAGAACAGCAAAUUCACAAUGCUAUUGAUUUUACUAUUCUUUUAGAAGAUUUUUCCUCAAUUGAUUGCUUCAAAAUCUUUAAAAUCUGUUGACAAAAUAUGCCAGCAAAUAUGCCAUGUUUCUACAGCAUAACACAGUUAUGACGUACCCAAGAUGUGUAAUCAGGUUCAUGCAGUCCACAUGUCUGGAAACCAUCUAUUUUGGUUUUCCUUUCAUUUGUCACCUGUCUGUAUACUAAACAAGCUCCUCAAGGCUUGUUUUAAGAAGUUUAAAUGAGUAUUUUUAUGUAUUGAAGGCUGGUACUUCAAUGCUGGUUCAGAUUUUUCUUGCUCUAAAGCUAACAUUAAAAAUUAGGAUGGGUGUAAUUCUGGAGCUGGGUAUAAAAUAACUUUUGCACAGUACUACACUGUUCAUUUUCUUUCUCUUUCAAAGUCUAUUGAACUUAUUAAGGCCGCUUUCGGCUUAAGAAGCGCAUUUUCAUGGUCGACAUAUUUUAAAUGCUCAUAAUGUACCUGCUACUUAGUUCAACUGAAUUAAACCAAAUCAACUCACUGGCACCUAAGUGCCGAGCAUUCACUGUAGGCUGUCUCUUUAUGCUUUUAGGAUAAAGAAACAGCUUGAAACACACUGGAAUGUCUUAUUAGCUUCUGUCGCUAACUGCUGAGCCUGCUGCCUGCUGGUUUCUCACAACUCCAGGACUGCCUUAAUCAAGCAGCGUUACUUUUUAAAAUACUGGUACUGGUGGUUUUGUUUAUGUGGAUAAAUCUGAAAGCCUCAUUCAUGAUUCUAAGAAAAGUGGAACUAGAAACCUUAAGGGUAAACGCGUCACGUUUGACGUCAACCUCUAUCUGAAUUGUAUGUUGUGGUCAUAUAUGGUCAGUAGUUGUCUUUAGAAUGUCACUAUACUGUGAAUAACUUGAGUGUGACGAUACAGUGCCACUGUGUAAUGUCUCUUAAUCCACAUAGCUUAGUGAUCUUGUAGCAAGCCGCUAAGUAGAUACAGGCAGCAUAAUAUGCUAAGGCAAUACUUAUUUCUUUCCACCUGUCUACAUUGACGUGAAUGUCUUAUGUUAAAUUACUGGUUGACACAGUCAUAGGGAUGGGCACAGGUAUUUGAUUAUCCAAACUGAUCCUAGAAUUCACAAGCAUAAUCUUAUCAAAUAAAAGCUGCGUAGUAAGGUCUGCUUAAUUACGUAAAAGUGCUUUAGGUAAUGGUAUACCGUUCACCACACUGUGAUCCGUAGUGGACAGUUGAACGGAACUGUAGUGCGUAAUAUGGCUCGGUAAAACAACAUUUGGUCAAAAAUUACCUUGAGAGUGGAAAUAUUUACAAUUAAUAUAAUACAAGUAUAGUUUUCUAUUUUGUAGUAUUGCAGAAGAUUGGGGACUCGUUCACUGGGAUGAGGCAAUAUUUUAAAGCUAAUUAGGUAGCAUCGCUGAUAAUUUGUAUAAAAUAUGAUUCCGUAUAAUGAUAGUCCAAUUCUUCUUAUGAAAUGGAUAGACUGUCAAUGUUUUGGUAAUUAAACUUUUGAUUAUUAAUAUAAACUAGUUCUCAUUUAGAUAUUCAAAAAUUUAUUUUAAGGGGAAUAUUUAAAUACCAAAAGUGGUUCAAAUGUUAAAAUGCCCAUCCUUAGUCAUCACCUGCAUUGUUGAGCUCACUAUCUGCCUACAGACUAUAACGAAACGGCUGAAUGGCCUCUUAAUAUUUGCCCACGUUGCAGGUUCACCGAUUUGAUUUAGACACAUUCUUCCUCCUAAUUGAGGUCAGUGUACCCGCUCUCCCCAGAGGCCUCAUAAUUACAAAAUGGCAACACUCAUUUGGGCAUCACUUCUUUGUUAAUAACCAAAAAGAGUUUGAGAAAAGCUCUAGUUAAGGUUUCUUCCUGUGGUGAGGUUGUGGUAUUUGCUCUUCUCAACAGGGGUUUGAGCUUUGUGUGUGAAUAGCAAAGCUUGCUGUUGGAGGAGGUUAAUCUGCUCCAUUGGAAUUGUGUUCCACUCCCUUCUUAACCCACCCAGCUCAGGGGAAUUUGUCCGAGCCACAGCCAGGCCUGUAAUGAUAACAAUAGGAACGAAAUGAUACAUAUCCUGUUUAAGCAUUACAUUGUAUGUUACUUACUGCUUUCCAAGAGCAGAAUAAUUGGUCAGGUUUAAAUAUAUGUUGACAGACUUUAUAGACUAACAUUUGUAUUAAAAACAGACCAUACAAAUGUUUUAUUAAGGGACGUCACGCUCUGUAAUCCACAUGUCUGUCCAAAGCCAAUCCUAGAAUUCUUGCUACACUGUGUUCGAUAAUCAUUCAGGUGUCAUUGCCUCCUCGCAAAUCAGUCUAGACAGCAGGCUUAUUCCAGACGUUAUAUAACAUGUUACGUCGGAUGAAUGGAAGUGUACGUGCUCUGUCAGUUACUUGGCUUCAUUCCUGUCCAUAACCUCGCUCCCAGAAAUGCUUUUUUAAUGUUGUUGAUUCUAUCUUAAGAAAAUGUAUUUAUUUUCACUGAUAAUAAAAUAUUUAUUUAAUAAA